GCGGGGGCGGGGCGCCGGCGAGGCGCUGAGGGUAAAUGGGUGUUUCCCAUCGUGCCUCGCGGCGGCGCGGGCUGCGGGAAUGAGGUAAAGGCGGGAGGGGCGGGGGCGCGCGGCAGGAAGCGCGGCGGCAGCGGAGCGCAGCGCAGCGAGCCCGGCCCGGCCCCAUGGCGGACACCAAGGAAACACAUGAGGAUCAUGAUACUUCUACUGAAAAUGCAGAUGAUUCUAACCAUGAUCCUCAGUUUGAGCCUAUAGUUUCCCUUCCUGAGCAAGAAAUAAAAACUCUGGAAGAGGAUGAGGAAGAGCUCUUUAAGAUGCGAGCAAAGCUAUUCCGGUUUGCAUUUGAGAAUGACCUUCCAGAAUGGAAAGAACGAGGAACUGGUGAUGUGAAACUCCUGAAACACAAGGAGAAGGGAACAAUUCGCCUCCUCAUGAGGAGGGAUAAAACCCUAAAAAUCUGUGCAAACCAUUAUAUCACACCCUUAAUGGAACUGAAGCCUAAUGCUGGGAGCGACAGAGCAUGGGUUUGGAACACACAUGCUGACUUUGCAGAUGAAAGGCCCAAGCCUGAACUUCUGGCAAUACGAUUUUUAAAUGCAGAGAAUGCACAGAAAUUCAAGGCAAAAUUUGAAGAAUGCAGGAAUGAAGUAGACAAGAAAGCAAAGAAAGCAGGCACAGACAAAAAUGAUAAUGCUGAUAAAGUUGCUGAAAAACUACAAGAGCUUUCUGUAAAGGAAGAGAGCAAAGAUUCUGAGAAGAAAGAGACCAAGGAAAAAUCUGAAGAAAAGCAAUAAGUCAUCCUGGGCCUUGCAGUUUUUCCUUUACUUUUUUUUCUUUCUUUUUCUUUUUUAUUUUUACAAGGGACUUUAUAAGAAACUGAAUUCAACAUUCAGGUUGUUUUUCUAAGCUUUUGCCCUUUUGAAGAUGUCUUCAGAAAAUCCAUUCCCCAGUCAAUCCAUUCCCCAGUCAUGAAAAUGUACUGUGCUAACUUUCUUUUCCAUAGUGGAAACACUUAUUUAUAAUCAUCCAAAAGAGUGAAUAAAACAAACCUGAAACCAGCAUCA